AUGGCCGAUCAGCAAAGGAACAAGGAUCUUUUCCACGAUGGUCUAGCAAAGCUCUUUAAAGAACAAUGGAGCCCCGAUGUACUCUGUUUGGCUGGUGAGGAUGAUCACGAAGAUCCUAUCCCUGCCAAUAAAGUUAUUUUGGGAGCAAGAUCAGACGAACUCAGAGAGAUUUGUGACGGUGAUGAUAAUGAAAAGGCGACAAUCAUUCUCUACGGAAUGAACCAUGAAGCGUUAGAGGUUUUUAUCGAGUUCAUGUACGUUGGAAACUCCAUACAGUAUUCCGAGAAGUUGAAGAAGCACUCAAGGUCGUUAUAUUUUGCAGCUGAUUUGUAUAGCAUCCCUUUAUUACGAGACCUAUGUAGAAACCAACUUAUUUCUUCACUUAACAUGGGGAAUGCUCUUGACUUUUUGGAACUCUCCAAAGACGAUCCUCGUGAGAAAACCCUCCACUACAAAGCUCGGUGUUGUGUCAUAGAUCACAUGAAAGUGAUUGUUUUUACUCCAGAGUUUAAAUCGUUCGUGAGUAGAAACCCAAGUCUAGCCGUGGAGUUAUUUAUGGUUCUUGCAAUAAGAGGGGGAUAG